AUGGUGCUAGGACUCAUCUCGCGGCUCCUCACUUUCCUCUUCAACAACCUCCUAGUACGAUUCCUCACCGCGCCUCUUCUGGGGCUUUCCACACAACUCGAAGUGUACUACUUGUCCGUGCUCUUCUUCGCCCGUGAGAGCCUGCGCGUCGCCAUCCAGCGCACUGAUGGAUCUGGACAGGCGGUGGUCAACUUGGGGUAUGUCAGCGUUGCUCUCGGUGUCGUUGUCGGCGUGGGACUGGGCUGUAUGUACGAAGGGUUUGCGAGCACCGACGCAGCAUUCCUAGCAACGUCACUCAGGCUGUAUGGGCUGGCUGCGAUCGUGGAGUUGCUGUCCGAGCCUGUUUUCGUGCUCAUGCAAUCACGCCUGCAGUUUGGCACCAGGGCCUUGGCGGAAGGUCUCGCUACGUUCCUCCGCUGUGCGGUCACAUUUGGAUCAGCGGUGUGGGCAGAGCGCAGUGGGCGAGAUCUGGGCGUAUUGCCCUUCGCGCUGGGACAGAUGGUGUACGGUGUCGCUCUGUUCGUCGUCUACCUCGUCUCCGGUUAUCGACUCGUCUCGCAACUGGACCUAUCUCUGUUCCCGCGACACGCAGGCACCGGGAGAGAGUAUGCACUGAACGGCUAUCUCUACCAACCCACCCUCUCUCUAGCUGGCACGAUGAUGGCCCAGUCGGUCGUGAAGCACAUCCUUACCCAGGGAGACACGUUCCUCGUUUCCCUGCUAUCGACGCCAAACGUGCAGGGUGUCUAUGCCUUGGCGAAUAACUAUGGUGGCCUGCUUGCAAGGCUCCUAUUCCAACCCAUUGAAGAGAGUCUCCGGUCGUACUUCUCCCGACUGCUCACCCCGCCUCAAGCGAAGCCUUCUAUCUUGCAAGCGAGGGAAUCCUUCAAGGGCAUCCUGAAGAUGUACAUUUUUAUGUCGGUUGUCAUCCUUUCGCUCGGUCCCUUUGCUGCCAAGCCACUGCUUGCUAUUGUCGCUGGUCGCAGAUGGCUCGGCUCUGGCGCAGGCGACGUGCUGGCCACCUAUUGCUUCUACAUUCCUUUGCUUGCAUUGAAUGGCAUCGCCGAGGCAUUCGUUGCUUCCGUAGCCAGCGAAGGUGAGGUGCACAGGCAGUCAGUUUGGAUGUUUGCCUUCUCGUUGGUGUUCGCCGGCAGUGCGGUUGUCUUUAUGAGAACGUUAGACCUCGGUGCUGGUGGCUUGGUAGCUGCCAACUCGGUGAACAUGCUGUGUCGCAUCAUCUGGAGUGCCAGCUUCAUCAGAGGCUUCUUUGCGAGGCACGGACUGGCCGUUGGGUUUAGAGACCUGGUGCCCAAGACUGCCCUGGCGUUGGCCCUCGGUACGGCUGGAGUCAUGUUUGCUCUCAAUGUUACGGAGGACGCCGAAGCCUUGCCUUUCAGAUCGUUGUUCAGGGUUGCAUCUUUUGCAUUGCCCUUGGUGAUAUCAAUGUAA